AUGCCCAAGAAGUUCACCAUCAAGACUCACCACGGCAAGUACAUCUGCAGCGAGCCCUCGCACACCAUUGUGGGCAACCGCGACUCGGCCGAUGCCUGGGAGCACUGGGAGGUCAUCAAGCUCGGUGGCGGCAAGGUCUACCUGAAGUCGGCCCACGGCAAGUACCUCUCGGCCGAGACCAACGGCACCGUCGUGGCCAACCGCGACACCCCCAAGGAGUGGGAGACCUUCCACGUCCACAAGCUGGGCAACAAGAAGGUGCAGUUCAAGACCCACCACGGCAAGUACCUGUGCGUCGAGCCCAGCGGCAAGGUCAUCGCCGACCGCGCCGCCCCCAAGGAGUGGGAGACCUUCGAGUUCCGCAAGGUCGGCCACUGCUGCUAA